ACCUCGCCCUCAAGGAGGCAGAGCACAGCCAGGGUGGAAGGACCACAGCCCACCUGGGCACAGUACCUGGCCCAUUCCUGGAUACAGCAUCUCACCAGUGGUCACUUCCCUCUUUUUAGCGGUAAAGACGAGGACUGAGAGGAUGGCACUGGUGACCAGUACUUAUGGGGGGCCCCUCAGAAGACUGAGGUAGGGAGGAGGAGAGAGACAUGUGAUGAGACCCUUGUCCUCCCCUCCCCACCUGCAUCACACUCCAGCUGACAGUAAAAACUGGCCGAGUACCAGAUGGGGCAGCAUCCCGGCCUCUUUGUGCCACCUGGUGGUGAUAAGGAAAAAAGACAAGACCUAGUGGCCCGUGAUGAGAAGGGAAGGAAGCUGAACAGCAGCAAUUGCUGGGGUUUCCCCUCCAGGAUCCUGGGCUGGGCCUGAGUCUCCUCCCAAGCAGCACACCCUGAGAAGCAGGCGCAGGGACUGUAUCACAGGUGGCAAGCACAGGCUGCAGUGCCCGCUCUCCAUGCCUCCGCCAGCCCGGCCUUCCCAGGCUCUGAUUCUUUCUUUGUACGAGGAGAGGACUGGACAGCUGAACCCAGAGGCUCCUUCCUCAGCUGAACUUCCAGAGCCUCAGAGAAUCCUAUCAUUUUCAAAUACUCAUGGCAGAAGAGGGCACUGCCCCCAAGGUCGCCAGGGACCUGAAAGCUGCCGUCUCUGCCAUCCUCCGGGGCUACGGGGGCGGGCAGAGUGUGACAGACGCCAGCGCUGAGCUGCACAGUCUCUGCGGCUGCCUGGAGCAGCUGCUGCAGUUUAACCAGAAACAGCAGAAGAGCUUCCUGGGGCCUCGGAAGGAUUACUGGGAUUUUCUCUGCACUGCUCUGUGGCGGCAGCGGGGGAACACAGAGCCCGCCCUCUUUGUUCGCUCACAGGACAAGCUGAAGACCCCUCUGGGGAAAGGCCGCGCCUUCAUCCGCUUCUGCCUGGCCCACGGACAGCUGGCCGAGUGCCUGCAGCUCUGCCUCCUGAACCCAGAGCUCACCAGGGAAUGGUAUGGCCCCCAGAGCCCUCUGGUGUGCCCUGAACUCCAGGAGGACAUUCUGGACUCUCUCUAUGCUCUCAAUGGGGUGACCUUCAACUUGGACUUGCAGCGGCCAGACCUGGAUGAGGCCUGGCCCAUGUUCUCAGAGUCCCACUGCCCCAGUUCCAGCCUGAUCCAGGGAAGACGCAGGAAAAACAAGGACUCCCCAAAGGAGAUCUCAGCUAUAAAUGGAAGCCCCAAAGGAGUCCAGCCAGAAGAGCCACACACCAGCCAAGCCAGCUGUCUGCGAGAUGCACAAGGGAAAGACCGGUUGGCUGGACUCCCUACAUCCCAGCAACACAGUCAUCUUCCUCCCUUUUUGGAAAAGAAGAAAGAAGAUCCUAGGAGCCUCAGGGCCCCCCACAGCAUGUGGGAACCAGGGGGAGAGGAGCUGCAGGAAGACCAGGAGAUGAGAGCCCCAAGGAUGGGGCUCUGCCUGGAAAACUCAAUACCCAGCAUCCAGGGGCAGAAGGAGGGGCCCAAUCAGGCUCUGAAGGAGGUGGUAGGGACAGAGGGUGAGGACAGAGGGGGUCUGCUGAGUACAGAGGGUCAGAGAACAAGAGCGGAGACGCAUAAAGGGGAAGCAGAGUGGGGUCAGAUGCAGGAGCUACUGGUCUCCAGCCCCAGAACGAUGAAUGAGGACUCAAAGUCAAGGAACAGGCAGGAGUACAAGGUGCCUAGCCUUCUGGGGGAGCCCAGUGUCCUUCAGGGCCUGGGAACAAAGGAAGGCUCCACCACAGAGAAGCCUCGAGAGCAAACAGGAGUGACCAGGGCGGCCAGGAGGGAGGAGCAAGCAGAGGUGGCCUUGCAGGAUGUGGUCAAGAACCUCAGACACAGGCUGCGGAAGACCAAGGAGCAGGCCCAGCACCAGGAGCAGCGGCUGAAGGAGCAGGAGAGGGAGCUGAAGGCACUGCAAGAGCAGCUCAGCAGGUGUCAGGAAGAGAGGGCCCGGCUGCAGGCAGAGCUGGAGCAGAAGCAACAGGAGGCUGAAAGAAGGGGCACCAUGUAUGAGGAGGAGCUUGGAAGGCAGCAGGACCUGGUCCAGGCCAUGAAGAGGAGGCUGCUGGAGUUGAUUCAAGAGAAGGAUAACCUGUGGCAGAAAGUUCAGCAUCUCUCUUCUGUGGUCCCUGGAUGCUGUGUCGGCUGCAGCAAGCUCUUUGGCCGGCUGUCUCGGCGGUACCCGUGCAGGCUGUGUGGAGGCUUGGUUUGCCAUGCCUGCUCUGUGGACUACAAGAAGCGAGCGUGCCACUGCCCAGCCUGUGCCCAGAAAGGAGAAGCCCAGGUCAUCUGACCAGGACCCACCCAGGACUGGCCUUUCCACCCCACCCUCCCCUUGGCCCUUCUGGGACCUCUGAUCUGAUCAAUACUACCUUCUAGAACUCAGUGACUUAAGGCAGACAGCGCUUAAGUAGCCAGACUGUGGUGUGGAGAGUGGAAGGAGCCUGGCUGGCAGUUGGGAGACAGGUUUGAACCCUGCAUCUACCAUGAUGAGCUGGGUGACUUUGGCAAAGGCCUCAGCUCUCUAAGCUUUUCUGUAACUUGAGGAAAUUGGGCACCAUCCACUCUAAAGUCCCUUUGGGCUCAGAAAAUCCUUGACUGAAAAUAAGACCCAAUGGCCUUGACUUUCUACUCCACACUCCCUCUCACUCAGACCACCCUUCAUGACACUGCACGGUCUCAGGGUCCUCAGGAGCUUCCUGUCUGGAGUCUGCUUCAGGGUCUGUUUUGUUCUGUUUUGUUUUGUUUUUAACAGCUUUCUCAAGGUUCUAUUCACAUAUAACACACUUCACAUAAAUUGUACAAUUUGAUGUGUUUUGACUUUCAUUUACACCCAUGAAAUCACCACCCUAUUCAAAAUAAUGAACACAUCCAUUAGCCCCAAAGUUUCCUCUUGCUAAUUGGACUUUCUCCCUCCCCCUUUCUUCCCCCAUCCCCAGGCAACCACUAACCUGCCUUCAGUCACAAAAGACCAGUUUGCACAAUAAUGUGGGGAAAGCAGAGGGUGGGGGCAUCAAUGGGGGCGAAAAGGAGGGAACAUCUGU